GUUCUUGUUUCCGGUUUGUUUGUUGGUGCCGUGCCCGCAAAGAGAAUUCUCCUUUCCUCCUCUUCAGUUCCCUACGCUCAAACCCUAAUUCUUCUCUGGGGACAAGAAAAAACCCAAAAAACAGACUUCUUUAAACUCUAUGCGAGCCCUUCAUGCAAUACUUAUCUAGCUUUUUAUGCCUUCCCUUUGAUGAAUCAUCCUCAUGUGUUUAAAUGCAGCUCUGGAAGGUCUUUGUAACUGGAUAUUUCAUUCCUAGAAAACUUUAAAUGGUCGAGGAUGCAGGAUUCAUGAUCUACAACAACCGUAUAUGAUGAGGGCAUGAAAUUAUUAUCUUGCUGCUUUUAGAGUUGCAGUUGGAUAACAAUUUCAGAAAGCAACUGUUGCAUUUGGAUCAAAGAACUGCUAGGAUCAAGGAACACUAUAUGACUAGGAUCAAAGAACUGCUGCAUUUGGAUAUCUACACUAAGUUUUAGAAAGGAAUUGCUCAUUCUGCUGUUUGUUUUGGGAAUGAUCAUCAUUCUAUGCUUUUCAUAAACUACUGGAAGAACAUCAUCAAAUGAUUCUGUACUACCUCAGAGAUGUUGAACACUAGCAACAUUUAAAUGGUGCAUAGAAGUUCGUCCUCUGCCUCCCAGCCAUCAGAAAUGGACCAUAUCUAUUCAUGGAAUCGUCAAAAUUCUAAUCCUCAAUUGCGCUUGGGAAAUAAUUCGUUUAUGCCUUCUAUGGAUAAUUCAGCAAAUGGAGUAAAUUCUGUGGCUUAUAACAUUGCACCAACAACAAACGGCCAUCCCACAUCUAGUUUCAGUCUAGACUACCUGAACUACAGGGCUGCCAACCCUCAAAGAUUUCAAAAUAUGCAUUCUUCAUCUGCUGGUAGCUGCAUUAGAUUAGCACCAAAUCAUGCUCCACAUAUGCCUUGCUACAAUUGGCCUGUGAUAGGGGAUGGUUGCAACACAGUUAAUCCUCAAAUUGACAAUAGAAGGGCAACAUUUAAAAGGAAAAGCCCAGAGAUGCCCCUGGUUGCUGAGAGAGCGAAUGUUAGUGGAUAUUGUUAUGCUGGAAGUUCUUCGAACUUUCCCAUUUCUUCUGAUGGUUUACAGCCAAAGCCUAUUCCACCACGUCAAUACUGGCCUUCGAACUCCAUGUACACAGUCCCCAACUACAGGAGUGACAAUGUCUUGACCGUGGGGGAGGGAUCUCAGAGGAAUGUAAGAAGACGACAUGGUCAUACCUUCCAUUUAGAACACAAUCCAGCUGGGGCCUACCCAUCAAGUAACAUGCCUCAUCAUUCAAGUUCAACUGGGAGCAUGUCUGGUCCGAUUAUGGCAGAGCAAUGGAACCAAACUCGUGUGUCUGGGACUCCCCAAGGAAGGAGUUUGUUUUCAGAAAAUGGCUACUACAAUCAUGAACCGAACCAGUCCCUUGUGGCAAGCAAUAUUAACAAUGGUACUGCUGCAAUGAAUGCGGUGUACCACCCUAACAUUAUUAGAAAUUGGGGUUCUUUGCCAAAUCUACAUGUUCCUCCCCCACAAGGCAUGGUGCCAGGUCAGAGCAACCAUUAUCAAAGAAUGGCCAUCCAUAGAACCAUUUCUAGCCACCCAAUCAUGAGGUUUGCAGCCACAUCUGCUGAGGGUGGAGCAACAUCGGAAGUGGAAGCUGCUGUGUCUUCCAGACAACCAUGGCCGCUGCCUAUCAUAGGGCAUAGUGGUAAUGUGAGGGGUGGGAGGGCGAGGAAUUUUUAUGACACAUUUCAUUCUUUAUUCAACGAGGCCAAUCCCUAUGACAGAUGGGUAUCUGAGGGUAUUGUUAUGCUUGACCAGCCAACAUUCUACGACCCCAGCAAUCUGUUUGAUCAGCAUAGGGACUUGAGGCUGGACAUAGACAACAUGAGCUAUGAGGAAUUACUUGCUUUGGAAGAAAGCAUAGGGAAUGUCAGCACAGGUUUGUCAGAAGACAGGCUUUCAGCAUGUCUGAUAAAGAGGGUACACUGUUCUAAUCAAACUCAUGAUGAUCAGGAAGAAAGAAGCUGUGCUAUUUGCUUGGAAGGGUACAAUGAUGGAGAUAACCUGGGAAGCAUAAAAUGUGGACAUGAUUUCCAUGUUGGCUGCAUCAAGAAAUGGUUGGAGAUAAAAAAUGUUUGCCCAAUCUGCAAAGCCUCUGCAUUGGAAGAUAUUUCUGAGGAGAAACAAAAUUAGUCCUUUCUAAUUAAAUCUCAUGCUAGUUACCUUAUUAUUUGCUGCUUUGCUUUGUAAAGAUACUUUACCCAGGGCAUGGCACACUUGGUAUCUGAACAAGACAAUUCUUUCAAUUGAUGGUGCAGACUAAUGUUGGCGUUAACUUAAAAA